ACCACCUGUAGCGGAUCUCUAUCCUCCAAAGGAAAUAAACCUCCGAGAGCCACCUAGUUAACGGACAUAAAGCUCUGGACACGGAAGACAUCUUCUAGGGAAUCUGUUUUCAUUAUUUUUACAGUAUCACUUUCUUUUUGUAGUUUUAAUCAUUUGUAUGAACGACACUUCAGUAGAGAACUAUGUUACUGACGCAUCAACUAUUCCUAUUAAUAUUAAUCUCAACUUCAGCUGUAAUAGUGACAUCCACCACAACCCCAAGCAUAAAUUCAACUGUUGAUGCAACAGACAUCCCAGCCAAUACUACCGCAGUAGCAAGCAUUCCAUCUGGGAAUACAACUACACCAUCCUCAAAUACCCCACUGCUGUCAACGCAUGCUAGUAAUGCCACAUCUCCACCUUUGUCUACUCAAGGCAACUUGACUAGCUCACAUACAGUUGCACCAGCAAAUGCUACCAGUUCAUCAGUGAGUACACCAGUAAAUGCCACAGCUUCACCUGUACCUGUAACAACAGUAGCAGCCAACACCACAAGUCCACUUGUACCUACACCGGAAAAUGCUACAAACCAUCCUGUAACUUCACCAGGCAACGCCACAACUACUUCUUCACCUGGGCCAGGCAACAGCACAUCCCCACCCCAAACUACAAGAGGCAAUGACACCACACCUCCCAUUAGCACACCAAGCAACAGCACAGCUUCACCAAUUACAACACCAAGCAAUGUCACAAUAACAUCACAGACUACAUCAGGUAAUGCUACAACAGCAAACUACACCACAACUCUACCCUUAAUCACACCAGGGAACAAUGCAACAGUAAAUGCUACCAUUCCCCCCCCAACUACACCAGUAAAUGGUACCGCACCACCUCCAGCUACACCAGGGAACAAUGCAACAGUAGAUGUUACCAUACCACCCCCAACUACACCAGUAAAUGGUACAGCACCACAUCCAACUACACCAGGGAACAAUGCAACAGUAAACGCUACCAUUCCCCCCCCAGCUACACCAGUAAAUGGUACCGCACCACCUCCAGCUACACCAGGGAACAAUGCAACAGUAAACGUUACCAUACCACCCCUAACUACACCAGUAAAUGGUACCGCACCACAUCCAACUACACCAGGGAACAAUGCAACAGUAAACACUACAAUACCACCCCUAACUACACCAGUAAAUGGUACCGCACCACCUCCAGCUACACCAGGGAACAAUGCAACAGUAAACACUACAAUACCACCCCUAACUACACCAGUAAAUGGUACCGCACCACCUCCAACUACACCAGGGAACAAUGCAACAGUAAACACUACAAUACCACCCCUAACUACACCAGUAAAUGGUACCGCACCACCUCCAACUACACCAGGGAACAAUGCAACAGUAAACACUACAAUACCACCCCUAACUACACCAGUAAAUGGUACCGCACCACCUCCAGCUACACCAGGAAACAAUGCAACAGUAAACGUUACCAUACCACCCCUAACUACACCAGUAAAUGGUACCGCACCACCUCCAGCUACACCAGGAAACAAUGCAACAGUAAACGUUACCAUACCACCCCUAACUACACCAGUAAAUGGUACCGCACCACCUCCAACCACACCAGGAAACAAUGCAACAGUAAACGUUACCAUACCACCCCCAACUACACCAGUAAAUGGUACCGCACCUCCUCCAACUACACCAGGCAACAAUGCAACAGUAAACGUUACCAUACCACCCCCAACUACACCAGUAAAUGGUACCGCACCUCCUCCAACUACACCAGGCAACAAUGCAACAGUAAACGUUACUAUACCACCCCCAACUACACCAGUAAAUGGUACCGCACCUCCUCCAACUACACCAGGCAACAAUGCAACAGUAAACGUUACCAUACCACCCCCAACUACACCAGUAAAUGGUACCGCACCUCCUCCAACUACACCAGGCAACAAUGAAACAGUAAACGCUACCACACCAGCCAUUACUACUACUACAUCACCUCCAUCUACACCAGGAAACAAUGAAACAGUAAACGCUACCACACCAGCCAUUACUACUACUACAUCACCUCCAUCUACACCAGGAAACAAUGAAACAGUAAACGCUACCACACCAGCCAUUACUACUACUACAUCACCUCCAUCUACACCAGGAAACAAUGAAACAGUAAACGCUACCACACCAGCCAUUACUACUACUACAUCACCUCCAUCUACACCAGGAAACAAUGAAACAGUAAACACUACCACACCACCCAUCAAUACUACUACACCACAUCCAACUACACCAGGAAACAAUGAAACAGUAAACGCUACCACACCAGCCAUUACUACUACUACAUCACCUCCAUCUACACCAGGAAACAAUGAAACAGUAAACACUACCACACCACCCAUUACUACUACUACAUCACCUCCAUCUACACCAGGAAACAAUGAAACAGUAAACGCUACCACACCAGCCAUUACUACUACUACAUCACCUCCAUCUACACCAGGAAACAAUGAAACAGUAAACACUACCACACCACCCAUCAAUACUACUACACCACAUCCAACUACACCAGGAAACAAUGCAACAGUAAAUGCCACCACACCACCCAUAACUACAACAAGGAAUACUACCCCACCACCUCAGACUACACUAGGAAAUGCUACUAUAAAACCCAUAACCAGCUCAACGUCUGGACCCACCGUACCUACUACUAACCCAACUAACACUACAACCGCACCAGCUACCUGUCCUGCAGUGCCCUGCCCACCACUCAGUGUUUGUGUAAACUCCGUCUGUCAGUGUGUGACAGGAACUAUUCCUUUAAAUAAUGGCUGUGUGGAAACUAAAACCUUCCCUAGUACACUGCGGGUGAACCGCACUUUUGUAGAAGCUAUGAAAAAUCCACAAUCAACUGAAUUCCAGGAAACUGCUAGAGAGAUUAUUGCUGCGGUAAAUGGAGCUCUGCGUAACCAGCCAAACUACAUUAACAGCACAGUAACAAAGUUGAUUUCUGGCAGUAUAGUGGCCACAGUAAACAGUUUUUUUGAGCCAAUUUCUCCAGUCACAGAGGAAUUGGUUACAUCUGCCAUGACUGAUGCUAUAACAAACUGUCCGGCGGCAAGCUGUGGCAUUCUUGCUAAUGCUGAAUAUAUUGCAACCAAUCUGUGUGACCAAAUUCCUCCUCCUUGCGAUGCUGACACUACGGCAUGUGAGGCCAAAAAUGGCACCGCUGAUUGUCCCUGCAAACCUGGCCAUGUACAUGACCCUUACCAGACAAGAAGCUGUAGAGUUUGUCCUAGCGGCUACAAAGCGCAGGACGACACAUGUGUUCGAUGUCCAUUUGGCUAUUCUGGAUUCAACUGUGAUGACUCCUCUUUGUUGGCUCUAGUGGUGGUGGCGUGUGUGUUAGGAGGAAUUCUGCUCAUUGUGAUUUUGGCUGUUCUCAUCUACAUCUGUGUGAAUCGUAGCAAGAAGUCGUCAAACAGCAACUACAACAGCCCAUACCCUGCUAAUGAGUUCAGGGCCACGUGGGCCCCUCAGGACGUCAGCCAUAUUCCCCGUGUCACUUUGUCAUCUAGUUCCAGCAUUGAUGGCACUGGCAACAGUAUAGAGAUGUCUGAAGGGCUAGGCAAGAAAGGCUACAGUAAUGGAAUGAAGAUGGGAGGAAAGUCGGGCUCGUAUGAUCUCAGAACAGAUGUCAUGAGGACCUUUAAGGACAUAAACCCCACACGGUACUCUUAUCUGAUGGGCCAUGAAAAUCCGUACUUCAUACAAGGAGAUGAGAAGAGAUGAGGAAAACAGCAAGGGAAGAAAGUGAGAAGUAAGGGGACACAAAAAGAGUGCAAUAACGACAUGAAUUACAAAAAGGCCUUGGAUCAAAAUGUUUUGAGGAACAUUAACACUGUCAAAUCCAUACAGCUGAUCACAGAAAGUACAUGCACAAACGGCAUUUGAGAAAUACUUUUUUAAAAUAUAUUUUUGAGUUUUUAUCCCAAAUCCUUUAAUCCCAGGAUAAAAUGCUUGCUUCUUAAAAGUGCAUUGAUGAUUGGGUAUCUUCUACCACAAGCUUGACAAAAGUGUCCUGUGUAUGAUAAUGUGAGGUGAGCACUCAAUGUGUUGAAUCUGUAUUUUUUGUCACGUCUUUGUCACGUCGCACAUUUCAUAUUCAGAUUUUUGUUAUCUCUCAGAAAUCAUGCAUUUGUUACUGUGGUUUUCAACUCAUAAUAUGUUAUUAUAAAUAAUGUAAUAUCAAACUAUAUUUUGACAUUUUAUUUACAUUUCUUAUCUGUGGAAGCAAUAAGGGCAGGAUAUACAAUGUAAUCCAGCAGUUCUGAUGCAUCUAAUCUAUAUUCCGACAAUAACUGCACUUUGUACAAGAGAGCAUUUCAUGUCCUGUAUGUUUCUGUGUUUUAAUUUAUAUCUGUUAGAAAGGUUAUAUGUUCAGUUAUGAAUUUUUGGGUUGAUAUAUCUCCAAAGAAUUAUUUUAUUUUAUGGCAGGACAACGCAUGCCACCAGAAAUUGAUCUCUGUGCCUGACUGCAAUGUUGUCUUUUUGAAUAGGAGAAUUAUGCAAUGAUGAGGAGUAAACAAUUCUGUCUCCUCUGUAGUUGUGCCAAUAAUUAUAUUUAUUUAAAUCAGAACAUGAAGUUGUUUACUCAGCUGUCUGUUUGCUUGAUAUGUACUUAUUUAUCUGUAACUGGGAUAUUUUCUAUCUGUACAUAAAGCUUUUGUAAAAAAAAAAAGUCAUUUAACAAAAUGAUUAAGCUUGUUCUGUAUAUUGAAAGGAAAUAAAUUCAGAUGUAGUUAUCUACAA